GACUGAGUGGCUGGGCCCAGCACGUGACCGCGCAGCCUGGCUCCGCGGGGGGUGGGGGUGCCCGGACGCCGGAGGCUGAAAUCGACAUUUGCCUGGGGCAGGAGAGUGAGCGGGUCAGAUUCCGUCCCCCUCAGACCCUCCACCCACGGGAGCGGGGGAUUGCCGUAGCGCUUUAACUUUGCAUGUCAGGAACCAGGAAGUAAAAGUCGGUGAGAAAGGCCGGGAAAGCUGCGCACAUCAAGCAGGCGGCCCAGCAGGGAGGCAGGAGCCGGGGACUUCCAGGGUCUUCCAGGGUCUUCCUCGGCUUCCCACCUCGCCCUCCCCGCCUAGGCCCGAGGCGUCACGUGGCGGCGUGGGGCCCGCCUCCGGUGACGUCACCGCGCUCGCAGCCGUCGCGCUGAAGAAAGGAUGCUCUAGGAUGCUGUGCAGGUGGGCGGCGGGGAUGCGCCAUGCGGCACUGCAGGCUUUCUCUCCCAGGUGUAACUAGCAUGGUCAAUGCCGGAGCGAUGAGCGGCUCUGGAAACCUGAUGGAUUUCCUCGACGAGCCUUUCCCUGAUGUGGGGACGUACGAGGACUUCCACACCAUCGACUGGCUGCGGGAGAAGUCCCGGGACACCGACAGACACAGAAAGAUAACCAGCAAAAGCAAGGAGUCCAUAUGGGAGUUCAUCAAGAGUCUGCUGGACGCCUGGUCAGGCUGGGUGGUGAUGCUGCUCAUUGGCCUGCUGGCAGGCACUUUGGCUGGAGUUAUCGAUCUCGCCGUGGACUGGAUGACUGACUUGAAGGAGGGGGUCUGCCUGUCCGCCUUCUGGUACAGCCAUGAGCAGUGCUGCUGGACUUCCAACGAGACCACUUUUGAGGACAGGGACAAGUGUCCCCUCUGGCAGAAAUGGUCGGAGCUGCUGGUGAAUCAGUCGGAGGGCGCCAGUGCUUACAUUCUGAAUUACCUCAUGUACAUCCUGUGGGCAUUGCUGUUUGCCUUUUUGGCCGUCUCCCUGGUGCGCGUGUUUGCGCCAUACGCCUGUGGCUCCGGUAUACCAGAGAUAAAGACCAUUUUGAGCGGCUUCAUCAUCAGGGGCUACCUGGGGAAGUGGACCCUGCUCAUCAAGACCGUCACCCUGGUGCUGGUGGUGUCCUCUGGCCUGAGCCUGGGGAAGGAAGGGCCGCUGGUGCACGUGGCUUGCUGCUGUGGCAACUUCUUCAGCAGCCUUUUCUCCAAGUACAGCAAGAACGAGGGCAAGAGGCGCGAGGUGCUCUCGGCCGCUGCCGCUGCCGGAGUCUCCGUGGCCUUCGGGGCUCCGAUCGGGGGUGUGCUUUUCAGUCUUGAGGAGGUCAGUUACUACUUCCCCCUGAAGACCUUGUGGAGGUCCUUUUUCGCGGCCCUGGUGGCAGCCUUCACGCUGCGAUCCAUCAAUCCUUUCGGGAACAGCCGCCUUGUGCUCUUCUACGUGGAAUAUCACACGCCCUGGUACAUGGCUGAGCUCUUCCCCUUCAUCCUGCUCGGGGUCUUCGGCGGCCUGUGGGGGACCCUCUUUAUCCGCUGCAACAUCGCCUGGUGUCGGAGACGCAAAACCACCAGGCUGGGGAAGUACCCGGUGCUGGAGGUCAUUGUGGUGACCGCCAUCACCGCCAUCAUCGCCUACCCCAACCCCUACACGCGCCGGAGCACAAGCGAGCUCAUUUCCGAGCUGUUCAAUGACUGUGGGGCCCUCGAGUCUUCCCAGCUCUGUGACUACAUCAACGACCCCAACAUGACCCGGCCUGUGGAUGACAUCCCGGACCGGCCGGCCGGCGUCGGGGUCUACACGGCCAUGUGGCAGCUGGCCCUGGCGCUGGUCUUCAAGAUCGUCAUCACCAUAUUUACCUUUGGUAUGAAGAUCCCCUCAGGCCUCUUCAUCCCCAGCAUGGCGGUGGGAGCCAUGGCCGGCAGGAUGGUGGGAAUCGGCGUGGAGCAGCUGGCUUACCAUCACCACGACUGGAUCGUCUUCAGGAACUGGUGCAGGCCCGGAGCGGACUGUGUCACCCCCGGACUUUAUGCCAUGGUGGGAGCAGCGGCCUGCCUAGGUGGAGUUACCCGGAUGACGGUGUCAUUGGUGGUCAUCAUGUUCGAAUUAACGGGUGGUCUAGAGUACAUUGUGCCCUUGAUGGCGGCAGCCGUGACCAGCAAAUGGGUGGCCGAUGCCUUUGGGAAAGAAGGCAUCUAUGAGGCUCAUAUCCACUUGAACGGGUACCCAUUUCUGGACGUGAAGGACGAGUUCACCCACCGCACGCUGGCUACCGACGUCAUGCGGCCGCGGCGGGGCGAGCCGCCUCUGUCCGUGCUCACCCAGGACGGCAUGACCGUGGAGGAUGUGGAGACGCUCAUCAAGGAGACCGACUACAACGGCUUCCCCGUGGUGGUCUCCAGGGACUCCGAGCGCCUCAUUGGAUUUGCGCAGAGGCGGGAGCUGAUCCUCGCAAUAAAGAACGCCAGACAGAGGCAGGAGGGCAUCGUGAGCAACUCCAUCAUGUACUUCACGGAGGAGCCCCCCGAGCUGCCGGCCAACAGCCCGCACCCCCUGAAGCUGCGGCGCGUCCUCAACCUCAGCCCGUUCACGGUCACGGACCACACCCCCAUGGAGACGGUGGUGGACAUCUUCCGGAAGCUGGGGCUCCGGCAGUGCCUGGUGACGCGGAGUGGGAGACUUCUUGGCAUCAUCACGAAAAAGGAUGUCUUGAGACAUAUGGCCCAGAUGGCAAACCAGGACCCUGAAUCCAUCAUGUUUAAUUAGAAACAAGGUGGCAUUUAUUUUGAGAAAAACACAACCGUGUCAUUUUAAAAGAAAUAAACAAAUGAUAUGUUAUUAUCCUAACGAACGAUUGUGCGCUGGGGGCAAUGGAAACAAAAGCUUUGUUGGAAAGGAAGAAGGAUGAAAUCUUUUUAAAAAAAAAAAAAGAGACAUCAAUGAGUAGGCAUUUCAUAGCUUUAACCCCUUAGGAGUUUCCAGCUGUGUUUCUUAAUGAGUUUAUUAACCGCCGUCGGGGCAUGGGGGUGGGUGUAAACAAUUGGCUCGUACAAGGACAUGGAACACAAAUGCUGAGUCCAGAAAUGUUUGCCCCUCGUUUUAAGGCUGAUGUUUGUGAAGCUUUGAGUCCAAAAGGCAAAGGAGUAGUGGCCUGCCAGCCUCUGUUAUUUCUUGGUUCCUGAAGUGUUGCUGCUAUUUUGUUGAAUCGGACUAGAGAUAUCUGCACUCGCUUUGUUGGAAAAGACAAAAGAAAUUAAAUCGGCACACAGUGAAAGCUGAAAGUUUGCCAGUGGGUUCACUCCCGACCAUCCCAUUUCUUGCUCCCGUUCUCGGCCCACUGUUUCGCUUCUCCCAUCACUUUCCCAACCAACAUCCAGGGUCUCCUGCGACGAUGAGUAUGAAGAAAUCCUUUCUCUGUGCAAGGCCAACACCUUGGGACUGCAUGGUGAACUCCUGGCGUGUUUAGUGCUGCCCGUAUUUCCUCCCACACAAAGGGGUUCAUCCUGAUUUUGAGGGUGUACACACCUGCUCGUCAUGUUGCAAAUGUGUUGCAUGUGCAUUCCUAAAUAUUGAGCCAUCCAGCACUUUCCAUGGGCCAUAUCCUAUGUGCUGCCAGCUUGUCGUAAGUGUGCUUUAAUUUCCAAACAGCGUACGUGAGGGUCAAAACAGGCUGCCCCGUGUUACCACUUAUUUUUCCUUUCAGAUCCUAUUAAAUACGGCUGCAGAGAGGGUGAGGCAUAUAAAGUCUCAGUAGGAACUCCUCCAAAUGGAUUGCAAAAGAGAUACUAAAUUGAUUCUAAAUCUGUUCCAUUAUCUUCUCUGUAGGAUGCCAAACGUCUGGCGUUAGUGUCUGAGUGUGCACUUUCCUGCUUGUACGCGGAACACAGAAGGGCAGAGUUAAACCAUCGACAGCCAGUUUGAGCACUGGGCUUCUAUGUAUUGAACUUAAUGGUGCACUUGUCUCUUUAGUCAGGACUUCAGUCUUUUCUGGGAGAAGGCCUGGAGCUGUAAUUUAAGUCCACGGUGUUCUCUGUGUGAGCCUGGCCGCUCCCACUUGCCCUCUCCCGUCCAUCUUGGCUCUUCCCAGCUCCCUGAGCCACCCUCACCCUGUGUGUCGUUACUGGAUACUGACGGGGCAGGUGUGCGUUUGGCAGCUAGUAAGAGAAAAUCCAACGGACAGUGGAGAGUUGAAUGAGAAACCUGGGGGUCAUGCACUGUCGACUCUCUCUGUAUUAUCAUCAAGGAUUCAUGUCCUUUGGUAUUGUUUUCUGCUGUCCUUUGUCCCCUGGCGUCCUUUGUCCCCUGGCUUGCCGCCUCUGAGCCACAAGGUGGUUACUGAGCUGCCGGGUAAGAUGUCUGCUUCCUAGACAGGAAGAGGGAGGAGGAGGCCUGAAACAAGGGGCAGCGCCCGUAUUAGGAAAGCAAAAUUCCCAGAGAGGCUCAGCUUACAUCCAUUGGCUAGAAUUCUGUCACAUGACUCCCCCCAGCUGCAUGUGAGUGUGGGAAGGAAAGUUUGUAGCUAGACAUAUUAUUCCCUGAAUGAAAUUUUGAUUCUCUUAAUAAGGAAGGGGAUGGGUCCUGUGGAGGGAAUGCUGUCCACUGGAUCGGGCGCCAUCAUCGUGUCCAGGUUGCCGUCCUGCCUGUCCUCCUUACCCUUUUCCUUUCCUUUCUUUCUUUUUCUUUUUUUUUUUUUUUAAAGAUUUUAUUUAUUUAUUUGACAGACGGAGAUCCCAAGUAGGCAGAGAGGCAGGCAGAGAGAGAGGAGGAAGCAGGCUCCCCGCUGAGCAGAGAGCCCGAUGCGGGACUCGAUCCCAGGACCCUGAGAUCAUGACCUGAACCGAAGGCAGAGGCUUUAACCCACUGAGCCACCCAGGCGCCCCUCCUUACCCUUUUCCUUGCCGAACACUCUAGACACUCUUUUCUCACCUUAUAGUUUCCCACCCCUUCUGUCAGAUUUGACAUAGAACUAUCAGUUAGAAGCCAUCAUUUCUUAGCCCUAAU